AUGAAGACUCGGUACAUGGCAUUGGGUGAAUCUUUUAGAUCACUAGCGUUUUCGUUUAGGAUUUCACAAAGUUAUAUUAGCCGUAUCAUUAGAUUAGUUUUAAAAAGUUUAAGUGAAAGACUAACACCUAUUUUAUUACCACCUCCGACAAAAGAAAAUCUAAAACAAAUUGCCAUGGAUUUUUGGAUUAAAUGGAAUUUUCCAAACUGUGUCGGUGCCAUAGAUGGAAAGCACAUCAGAAUUUUUGCUCCGGGAAAAAGUGGCUCGUUGUUUUUUAACUAUAAAGACUUUUUUUCAAUUGUGCUACUUGCAAUCGUCGAUGCAAAUUGUAAAUUUAUAUUUGUGGAUGUAGGUGCAUACGUCAAAGAAGGGGACAGUGGUAUUUUUAACAAAUGCCGUAUCUCCGAACUAAUAAAGACUGGUGAAUAUUUUCCUUCCCCAGAAAUAUUGCCGAAUUCAAACAAAAAAUUGCCGUAUGUACAUAUUGGGGACGAAGCAUUCCGUCUAGAACCUCAUAUGAUGCGUCCAUAUACUAGAACCGAAGCACGUGAUGAUUACGAAAAAACCGUAUUUAAUUACAGACUUUCUCGUGCUAGAAGAACAUCAGAGAAUAGUUUUGGACUUUUAAGUCAAGUUUUUCGAGUCUUUUAUACACCUAUAUCUCUUAAAACAGAAACUGUAGAUUAUCUUGUAUUAUCAUCAUGCUGUCUUCAUAAUCUUUUACGUGAUCGAUAUUUAGGAAAUAAAGGGAAUUGUUUUUACAACUUUGAUACAAAUGAGCCACCACCUUCUAGGAAUAUGAUUUCACUUUCCAGAUCAGGAGGAUACGCUAAUUUUGAGGGAUUCAAUGUCAGAGACGAAUUUAAACAGUUCUUUAAUAGUCCACAAGGAGCUGUUGAAUGGCAAAAUCACCAAGUCCGACAAAUUGAUAUUAAUUGA